AAGAGGAUAAUUUCUCCAAAAAUAGGAAGUGGGAUACUUCUGAAAUGGAUGAAGGAAUCUGGACCAUUGGAAUUCAGUAAAGGAGGAUUACUUACAUCUGAAAAAAGCUGCUGAUUUCCGCUUUGACAAAAACGCAUUAAUGAAUGUUCUGCAGUAGUUAAUCCUUACCCUAUUUUAAGAUAUUUAUUAUAAUGUGUAGUUUGGAGGAAAAAUGGAAAAGAAAUUAUCCUUUUCAACAAAGCAUUUUCUUAAUUAAGUGAAUAAUAUAUAAAAAAACUGAAAAUAGAGCCAAAUUUUUCAGCAAAACAAAUUUUUCAAUCUUUGUUUCUCAACAACACCUAAGGCUUUGAUUUCUACCCAGGAAAACCAACUGUCCUUCGCCAAUCAAAGAAAGCUAAUGAUUUGAUUGGAAACAUAAAAGUAAUUCUUCGAAAUGAUGUAAGGAAAACGCCUUUAUAAAUUAGAUGCCUUUGAAUGCAGGAAGUCAUGAAAUUCAACUGUAGAGAAGAAUCCAAGCACACUAUGUAAGGUCACAGAACAGUUGUUCCCCAUAACCCUCCUCUCUCGACCUGAACUAGCCCUUCCGUUACCCAUCGGCUGUCCCGAAAUCCUCCACCAUGCAGAACAUUAUGAGAAAACAGUAUUCCAAGAGCGAGCUGCCAGUAGGAGAGAAGUUAGAGUUGAGGGAGAUGCAGGGUCGACUCAUCAUCAACAACGGAGAUGUGAAUCCCGGUUAUGGAUCCACAAACAUAGGUUUCGACAUGAGCGAUGUGAGUCCUGUCACGCAGACUAAGAUGACUAUGGAUAUGGCAUCAACGGAUGACAAAUCAGAAUUUAAACCCGAGAGCGAUGACACUAGAGAAUCGUGGGACAGCAAGCUCCAAUUCAUGUUGGCUACCAUUGGGUAUGCAGUUGGUCUCGGCAACGUCUGGAGAUUUCCUUACUUAGCACAAAAGAACGGUGGAGGGGCUUUUUUGAUUCCAUAUUUCAUCAUGCUGGCAGUAGAAGGCAUCCCGUGCUUUUACAUGGAACUGGCAGUAGGUCAAAGACUUCGAAAAGGUGCAAUUGGAGCUUGGAACUUCAUUAGCCCUUACAUGGGUGGUAUCGGCAUAACGAGCGCAGUAGUCUCUUUUAAUGUGGCUCUCUACUAUAAUACCAUUAUCGGAUGGUGUCUUUAUUACUUUUUCCAGAGCUUCCAGAGCCCUCUGCCCUGGGCCGCUUGUCCCAGGGAAGAAGGCCCCAACAAUACAUAUAUCAUCGUACCAGAGUGCCAGAAAAGCAGCCCAACAGAGUACUUUUGGUACAGGCAAACGUUAGAUAUAAGUUCCGACAUCGAAAGUCCGGAAAAGUUCAACUGGAGAAUAGCUCUUUGUCUCCUGCUUGCAUGGUUCUUUUGCUACUUGUGUAUGGCCAAAGGAAUAGCUUCAUCAGGGAAAGUUGUGUAUGUUACUGCAACAUUCCCCUACCUGGUGCUUGUGAUCUUCUUCUUUAGGGGUAUCACAUUAGAUGGAAUGCAGAGAGGUCUUGAACAUCUUUUCACUCCAGAUUGGUCCAAGUUAGCUGAUCCUGUGGUAUGGCUAGAAGCUGGAACACAGAUCUUUUUCUCUUUGGGCCUAGCCUUCGGCGGUCUGAUCGCUUUUGCCUCCUACAACCCAGUUCACAAUAACUGCUUCCGCGACGCCAUCACUGUCUCCAUCUGCAACUGCGGUACUUCCAUGUUCGCGGGGAUCGUCGUUUUCUCGGUUCUGGGUUUCAAAGCGCACAACACUCACGCACGGUGCGUGGAGGAUAGAGACCUGCUGCUGCAACCCCUCUAUCCCAACACGACGAUACCACCCACGAUACCCCCCGAUGUAAUCGCCCACCUGAUGGCUACAACCCCUAACCUGCCCUAUGACUUCCCAGAGUGCGAUCUGCAAAAAGAAUUAGAAAAGAGCGCUUCUGGUACAGGUUUAGCAUUCAUAGCUUUCACAGAAGCCAUCAACCAAUUUCCAGGUGCACCCUUCUGGUCCGUGCUUUUUUUUCUCAUGUUGUUCACCCUGGGCAUUGAUUCCCAAUUCGGAACUCUUGAAGGUGUCAUCACGUCCAUCGUAGAUAUGAAGCUGUUUCCCAAUGUCAGGAAAGAAGUGCUCACAGGGAUUACCUGCUUGAUAUGCUUCUUCUUAUCGCUCAUCUUUUCGCAAGGUGGUGGCAAUUAUGUAUUUACCCUCUUCGAUAAUUACAGUGGGAACUUUCCUCUCUUGAUUGUUGCCUUGUUUGAGUGCAUAGCCAUUUCCUAUGUCUACGGCCUCAAGAGGUUCAGCGACGAUAUCGAACUGAUGACGGGAAGGAGGCCCAGUUACUAUUGGCUCUUCUGUUGGAAAUAUGUAGCACCCGCAACGAUGAUAACCAUCCUUUCUGCUUCUUUUGUAAAAAUUGCCACGGAAGGUAGUGGAUAUGAAGCAUGGGACAAAGAAUCGGCAACAACGAUCCGAUUGGAGUGGCCCGGAUGGUGUCACUUUCUAAUUGCCACCUUAAUCUUGAUGGCUGCCAUUUGGAUCCCUUUAGUUGCUGUGCUGAAACUAUGCGGUAUCCACUUGCUGACCGAGGAGGAGCCUUCCUGGUUCCCAGCGGAAGAGCUCAGGGACUUCUACAAUGUCAUGCCACACAAGGUGACGCCCCUCGAGAAGUGCCUCUUCUGUAUACACGAAGAUGAUCAGGAAGACAUCUGAAUCCCAACCAGAACUAUCAGCAAUACAUGUCUCCAAAGCAUCUUGACAUUAGAAAUAUCAUCCUGUGCGAAAUUCGAUAUUCCUUCAAACAGGAAUCUAAUUAGCAUAGGUACAUAAAUUGUUGAACGUGUGCGCGCAGCUACAGGAACUUAGAAGGGUAGAACGAAUUAUUUAUAUUAUCAAUAAUAAUGAUAAUCUGGGCUGUGAUCAGCAAAACGGAAAUCAUAUAAAAGAAUCGAUAAAGCUUUGAAGUUUAAUGGAAAGUUUGAAGAUUUCUUCCCCCCUUCAUGUAUUAAUUGUUUAAAUAUCCUCACUUCGAACGAAAUGUCAACAAAAUUUUCAGAGGAAGAAAUUUUAAACAGAUUGAAGGGAUUUUAUUUUAUUUUUUAAAGUGAUUAACUAUGUAUCUGUGAUGAAACUGGCUCCAUUUUAUUGGUGCGAGAAAGAAACGGAUUUAUAUGGAUAUAUAAAUUAUUUAAUUGAAUCAUUUGCAUUAAUGAAACCAUUACUUUAGUCUAACUUAGUACCUUGGUUAUUUUUUUAAUAUUUUUAAUAGACUGGCAAAAUUAAUAAGAAAAAACAUUUUGUGACAAAUUACUAAUUCAUUUUUUAAACAUAACAUGCAUGAGUUAAUAUGAGUUGAAUGAUUUACCUGAAGCAACAAUACAGAUAGCUAUUCUGGCUUGUUAUGCAGCACCUAAUACGUACAAAAUUUCCCAAAUAUAAUUUGAUGCAUAAAUAUAUUUUUUGGUUUGUUCUCAAUUGUUUCUGAUACAGUCUUUCUAAUAUAUUUUGUUUAACUUUUGUGUUGCUAAAGAGGUUAAAUAACGAAAAUAAUGUACACAUCAAAUGCAAGACCAAUCAAAUGUCUUACUAAUAAAUGCUUCAUAAUACGAAAAUAUUCCUUAAGUAUUUAGUUUCCAUAGAUUUUUUAGACAAAGAUAGUGCCAUUAAAGCGCAUUCAAAAGUUUCAAUGUAUGAAUAAAAUAAUUUUCUCAACUUGUCUUGUAAUAUCUAUAUAGAUUCAAAAAUGCUAUUAUAAAUAAUCUAUACAUCAAAUAAUAAUAAUAUAUAAGCUUUAACUUUAAAUCAAAAAUCAAAUGUGUAUUUUACAAAUUAACUAAUGCAGUGCAUUAUAAAUUCCUAACAGUGCAAUAUAUUUAAUUAAGAUGUGAUUCAAAUUGACUAUAAAGCAAUAAAACUAACAGUCGUGCAAUAUUCAAACUUAGCGCAAAUCAACAAAAUGAUUCAUCUAUCACAAUAAGUUAUAUGGAACGCUUCAGUUCGUAAAAGGAAAAGUGAAUGUAUCUUUUUCCCCAUAACACAACUGUGAAAAAACUCGUAAUAAUGAAACCAAUUUUUUUUUUUUUUUUUUUCAAAAUCCUUACAAGAAAACUAAUGUAUUACUUUAAACUAACGUUUGAGCAACUAGUAAAACUACUUAGAUAGUCUCAACUAAUUAAAAUACGAAAUGCAUUAAAGUUACUUUUUUAUUUCAAUGACUAGUUAAUACGAAAUGCUUUAAAAUUAAUAUUUUAAAGAAAGAAAUUUUUUUUUGCUUUUGCUAGCCAAAUACGCAUUCCAUAAAUUUUUAAAGUGCUUCAGAAUUAGUGAAGAGAAGAUCGAGCGAAUACAUCUCAUACCUGAAUUCCUUUGCGGAGUUAUAACUAUAAUAAUGUUAUCCCCUUAAAAUAUUAAUCAGCUCUCAAGCAAAAUGAGAUUCAAUACAUUAUAAUUGACAAUUAAGCAUUAUUAAAAACAUUCGUAAAAACUUUUAUGUAAUAGUUUAGCAUAGUUUUUCAGCUAUCUUUGAACGUUCUACAUUAUUAAAAAACUUCUUACUCAAACAAAUAUAUCUAAAAUUCUUUUAAAAUUUUAAGCAAAUUAAAAUUUAGUAAUCACUGUUUUUAAGUAAGCAGUGUAUUUUUUAUCAAAACCUUCAUAAAUUCUCAACUCUAUUCGAACUAAUUUGAGCAUUAAGUAAGAUUCUAAAUAAAAAUUAUUAAACAAUGUAAUUUAAUUAAUAAUUGCCUAUUUUGCAAAAAUACAGCAGAACAAUUUACAUUCUUAGCCAUACUCCAUUCAGAAUUUAACUUUUAACUACAUAGAGCUCUUUUUAACAUAUUAAUCAUUAUCUUUCCCGUGCUUCUCUUAAGUAAAAUAUUAUUCAUGUGUUUUAUAACGAUUACUUUGUGCAAAAGAAUUGCUUGUCUAAUUUUUACCAAAGAGAAGAAGUACUUAUUUGAACUCUGUUUUCUAAGUUUAAUUAAAGAGAGAUACUAUUCUUGUUCAGAUAUUUAAGGGAGAACCGAAGAUUAAAAAAAAAGUUCCAUUUGUAAAAUCUGAAAAGCUAAGCUUUAAUAAACGAACUCCUCAAAUAAUUCUACAUGUGAAAUAAGUAAUUUUUAUCUUAAUUAAUAAAUUUAAAUGCUAAAGAAAAAUUUCCAGAGAUAUCUAACUAAUUAAACUUUUGAAAAAUACCUUUUUAUGAUCUCAGAUCAAAACUCACCAGAAUUAAAUUUUAUUUCGAAUACAUGUGUUAGCAAUUCAAUGAUAGGUAGAAUAUUCCGAAUUUUUUACUGGUUUUUCUUUAUAUUUUUUAUAUUAAUAUUACGUUUUAAAUUAAGUUUAUUGAAUUAAGUUUAAAAAAAGUAGGUUAUCAGGUUUUUUAAUAAAUAAAUCAUAUUCGUAUUUUUCCCCUGUUGAUCCAAAGAUCUUCGAAAUCCGUCUUUUAGAGAAAGAAAGAUGUAUAUUCAGGAGUAAAUACCUACAGGUGAUAUAUCCUUGGUAAUUAACUCUCGAUAAUUUGUUGAGAACUACAAUCAUUGGCGUAAUUAUACUUGUGCCUCAAACAUAGAGAUACAAACUUGCAAAUAAUUUUCUUGUGACAUUUGUAUAUAAAUGUUUAUGUACAUAAUUUCUGUUUUCUACUUAAACACAAUUACUAUCAUGCACAGCUUUGUUAUUUGUUAUCAUGUUGUAAUUUUCUUACUCUAAUGGGUGUACUGUAUGUUUAUAGCUGUUUGUGAAAGCUUCACAAGAAUUGUAAAAUUAAUUUGUUCUUUACUAUCUGAAAGCUUAUUCAUAGUAAAAAAAUUACACCCAAAUAUAUAAAUAUAUAAUUAAAAUAUUAGUUUAAAAAGAAAAGAAAACUAUUAUUUUCUGCAAUAGGAAUUUCAAACAUACAUUAUAAUUUUCGGAAACUAAAUCGUAAUUUCUGUCUUAUUUAAUGGCUUCCUUUCAAUUCAGGGAAUUAGAAAGUAAAAGGCAUACAUGUUUGAUAGAUGACACAUCAUAUAAUUUUCUUAAACUAUUUUUGCAAAGAUAACUAGUUGAAAUGAACUAGUAAUUUGCAUGAUACAAAGAGCUCUCUAUAAAUUGAAUCUAAAUGAUAAUGAUAAUUCAUACUUCAUGUAUUGAAAGUGGGCAGUCUCAGAGAAAUUGCCGAUUAAAUUUUGGCAAUAACUGUAUAAAUUUGAAAUGAAAGGCACCAAUACGUUUACGUCCUGAACACAUGAAAUGAGCAGAUUUCUCACAUAACAGAUUAUCAUAAAAGUACAAUUUCUUUAUAAAACAUGUAUGUCUCAGAAAAGCCAUGACUGGCAAGUUCAUAUAGUAGCAAAAAGACAUUGUUCGCUCUAUGGUUAUUAUUAAUAAUCUAUAAUAAUGAAUUCAAGAGCAUUUAAACAGUUUCAUGUUCGUUUAUACUUUAGUCAGGUUUAUAAUUAAAAAUAUAGCACAUACACUUUAUUUCUUUUCUCUACCAGAUUUUAUCCAAUUAAGUAUUCGAGAAAUAAUAAUAGAAAGUUAAUUACGCAAUUAAGAUAUAUUAGAAUGUCAUUAAGAUGAUUCAACCUUAAUUAAUCAAAAAUACUUCUAAAAAUAAAAUGAUUUCCCUCAGUUAUUAUUUAAAUGCAUAAAAUUAAUAUUUAUUUCUUAAAAAAUUGAAAAAUUACAUAAUACGAUGUUAACAACAAGGAAGAUAUGUCAACUUCUCACUCUAGAUUGAUUAAAAAAGGUUUAGUUCAUUCUGUAUAUUCAGAAAGAAUAAUAUGGAUAAAAAUCUGCUAAUUACCUACAGUAGAUAAUCCAAAAUAAAAUAUUUAAUACGAAGCUUUCGAUACGAAGCAUCCAGGUUGAUUUUUCUGAUACAAUUAGGUAGCAUUUAGAAAUGCUGGAAGCAUUCAUUAUGACGCUGCAUACUCAAAUUUGGUUAAUGUUUCAAAAGUUAAUUCAUAUUCUAUUAUGUGCUUAGUAUUUUUAACAUUAUGCACUUCUGAAUGAGCAAAAUCAUUUGCAGUUUUUUAUGCCGUGCUUACCUAUUGUUGUAGUUCAUCAUCGAAAUCUCUUCAUCAAUAUUUCGCCAAAUUUGAUAUCUACUCUAGGUUUACGAUUUAUUUAGUAAAACAUUAACUAAUAGUUACUUACAUAUAGUUAUAUAAAAGCAAAUUCCGGUUGCACUUGAUUUGCAUUUGGUAAGCAAGUACCGGUUAAUUAUUUUGAAAUUAUCGCUACUAUUUUUAUUUCAUUCGAUACAACUGUAGUAAAAUAGUUUAUUAUUUUGACCAUUUUCUCACUGUAGUUUAUCUGUACGAUACUGUAAUCCAUGAUCAACAUACUGAUUAUUACAUGAAAUCUAUAUUAUUUAGACAGUGCGAUUAUCAAUAAGAUGACACUUCAAACUUCGCUGAAUUCUAAUCAAAUUAUCCAAAACCUUCAAGUUCUCCUUGUGUUUUAGCUUUACUAAUUCACAAAAAAAUGUAUGCAUCUCCUUGCAUGGUCUAUUGCAAAGGUAUGAACAAACACUCACUGAAAAGUAAAUGCGUUGCUAGUCAUAACUAAUGAAUAAAAUAUGAGCAAAAGAAAUUUUAUAUGAAUAAUAGCAUGCAAAUUAAGCUUCUGCAUAUAUCUAUAUUCAUUUACUAUUUUACAUCUUCGUUUCGAGAACCGAUCAUUUGGAAGCUAGAAAAAUAGCAUUUUGAAAUUCUAAAAUGUCACCAAAUAGCGUUGCAUUGUCAAAUACAAUAAUAAUUUACAUAUUUUUUACAUAAUUGUAUUUCUUUAUCUACAGUAUUUUAGCAGCUAAUUUGUUAAAAUUAUGCAUCUUUAGAUGACUAAACUCAUUUCUAUAUUUAAAAAAUACCGAGAAUUCAAGUUUAGCAGACUUUUCUUAUGAAAGCGACUCCAUAAUAAAUAACUUUGUCAAAAAUAAAGGUUUAUUUAAACAUCAACUUUAAAUUGAAUCAUCAGACUUUAAACUGAAAUCGUCAUAGCUCAGAUAGAAAAUUUUAUUAAAGAAUUAAUUUGCAUUAAAAUGCACGUUUAGGAAUUUUAUCAAUUCUCUGGAUUUUAAUUGAAAUAUCAGAAUUCUAAGCCAUUCAGUAAGCAGCAAACUAUAUCCAGGCCUUGAAGAUGUUAAAAUAAACUAAUAAUAAUGUUUAAAAAAAGUUUUAAAACGUUUAACAGCGUAUUAAUGUAACUCGAUAUUCCUCUAUUUCUGAAAUUAAAUUAAUUUUUCUAUAUGAAAAUUAUUUUGCUCAUUCUACGGUAUCUGGUGCUUAAUGUAAUUUCAGCCACUAUUACAGCUAACGCUGUACAUUGCGAUAUGAAAAUGAGAAACUCUAUUCAUAUACAUCUCUUUUGGCGGGGAGAUUUCCAAAAUCUAGCACUUUUCGUAUCAGCACGCAUUCCGCUGUUGACCAUGUAACAGCAUUAAAAAAUAUAGCGCUGAAAGUAAAUAUAGCAUUGAAAUAUAUAUAUAUAGCAUUGAAAGUAAAGUAAUAACCUAUGAAAGCAAAAGAAUGCCAGAUAGCUAAUGCAGCGAAUUCCUAUGUAUUUCAAAUAAAGGAACUAUUUUUAGACAGAGAAAUUUCAUUUUUUAUUUUCAUAUUCUAUGCCUUAAGUAGGUAAAGUUUGAUGCGUGUAAUUUUUCUCAUAGCACUAUUGAUUCAUACUAACAAAAAUAUAAUUUAACUGAUAAAUGGGGGAAACUGAAUGCAGUUUAUGCUAAGAUAAAUAUGCACUGCACAAUAUUCUCUUUUGAUGUGCAUUAAAUAGUUUUGAUACUCGGUGUUUCUCUCAAUGUUCCUGUAUCGUAUUUUUCCUAGCAAUUUAGAGUGAAAAAUGUAAUAGCUCGAAAAUGCCAUUGCGAUCAUAUUAAAUAGACAUCUGAAUUACGAUUUCACAACGAAAGACAUUUUUAUUUGUAGAUAUAAACACGAGAUCUUGAAAGGAUAUUUCCGAUAAUAAGAAUGGCAUUUCGUUGUUAAAGCACCUGCCACAUAUGCCUUUAAAGUCAUUUAAAAUCUGCACGUUACAUAAUAAGCAGUUAAGUUUGCCAGUUACGGCAACUAAAGGAGGUGGUAGCUUUAAAAAGAAAGUGCUGUAAUAAUAUUGUGAAUUGUGUUAAUUUCAUAUUACAUGAAAGAAUGCAAUGUGUUUGAUUUUGAAAAAUUACAAAAAAUUAUAAUUAAUUAUAUUUUCUUACCCUUGUUUUCUUUAAGCAGUUACUUCGAUGACAAUUAAAAAAAUAUUUUAAAUAUAUAACUAUAUGCUGUAAAUCACCUUAACGUUUGCGCCACAUUUUUAAUAGUGUAUUAUAUUUCCCUUCCUUCUAAGUAACUCUUUUCGUAAUUAAGAUAUUUAAAUAUCAUCGUGGUAAAAUUAAGUAUGUUCCAUCUUUUAUUGAGAUGAAAAAGGGAAAAAAACAUUAAGUUAAGCCUCAUUAUUUUAGUUUCCUAAUUUCUAGCUAUAAAUUGAAUAAACAAAUUAUCAUUUAAUUAUAAAUAGUGUUAAUAUAUUAUUAAUCUUUUCCAUGAGGAGUUACAUAUCCCAAAAAAUGCUGUUUUCUUUAUUUUUAAAACGUCAAAGAUAGUCAUUUUUUCCCAUUGUUCUUUUAAUUGAAAUAGAGAGUUUCUCGAAAUAAAUUUAUCAUAAACCGAUUUUGAGCAUCUUUUAAAGGAAAAAAAGGAAAGCCGCAUUUUUGGAUUUAAAAAUGCGAUCGAGUGUUAAGACGCACUCUUUUACUUCGGUAUUGCAGAGUGGUGAGGAACUGAUUAGAGCUAUAGAUAACUUGAACAGAGGGUUGAGGAACUGAUUUUGAUAAAACCAAAUGUGAUAAUAAAUGACAAAAAAAAAAAAAGACAAAUCUUGAAAAACAUUUUGUUUGACAAAUCUUGAAAAACAUUCAAACAACAAACAACUUAUUUUUAUAAUAUAUUGAUGAAAAUUUCUGUAUAUAUAAUAUAGAAACUGUUUUCUUGUAGUGGAACUUGAUUUUCUAACAAUAACAACUGUUUAUCAGUAUAGAUGCAUUAUUCAUCACUCCAUCUGUAUUAAUAUCAGAAUUUGAUUAUUCUGGUUGUUUGGCUCUUCAGUAUAGAUGCGAAAAUUUGUGAAAAUUUCAAGUAGCCAACCUGCUAACUGAGAACCAAAGCUGGUACGAAGUACCAGUGUUCAGAGAUCCUGUACACUUGAUUACCGGUGAUGCGUUUGGCACGCUGCAUUUUAAUUAGCGUAUCAAAGCAAACAUUAUAUUCUCUUUUGAGUCGUCUUGUAUUUCUGUAAUCCAGUAAGAUAUCUGCUAAGCCAACCUCGUAUUCUCUUCUGAGCUGUCUUGUUUUUUAUCCUGUACGAUGUUUUGUGAUGUUUUCUGAUUCAAAUUUCUUUUCUUAUCAAAGAUCAACGAAGUUGCAGUUACAAGGUUCUUAGGCAUUAAGCAUUUGAUGAGAGGGCUUGUAUUUCUCUUAUCCAAUAAAAUCCCUUCUGAGCUAACUUCAUAUUCUCGUCUUCGUAGUCUUUAUUUUCUCUUAUCGAAUAGAUAUCUUCUGAUCCAUAUUCACAUUCUCUUCUAAACAAAGAUCAAAGAAGUAGUAAUUACAAGGUUCUAAUUCAUAAAGCAUUUGAUGAGCCCUCUUGUAUUUCUGUUAUCCAGUAAGAUAUCUUGUGAGCCAACUUCAAAUUAUUUUCUGAGCUGUCUUGUAUUACUUUAAUCAUUAAGUUAUCUACUAAGCCAUCAACAGCAUUGCUGAUGACAACCUUUUCAAACAGCAAAAUUUUUAAAAACAAAUUUUUGUGUUUCAGGUUUAAAAAAACAAAGUUUUGAGAAAGGUUUUGUAGAUACGAACUCCAUCAACUCAAAACCUCACCCCAGUUUUACUGAAAUUUGGAAUGGGAAAAAAUGGCUUCUUAAAUCGAAGAAAUAUGCUAUGUAUUUUAUAUUAUCAAAAGAACAAAAAAGAAAGAGCCGGAAGCUUUUAAAUGAAUUUUAUUUCAUGCACAAAAAACGGUUGCUUGUUUUUUUUUAAUUAAAAGUGAUAAUUUGACAUUGUUUCAUGAUCAGAGCCAAAUGGCGCAUAGCCACAAAAAUAUUUUAAAACAUUGUUUAAUACAUCUAACUAGUCAGAUAUAUGAUGCGCCAUUCAGACGCCCGUUGUCCAAUUUCAAUCAAAAUUCAACAAAACUGUAAGCUGACACUCAAAAUGCAAUUUUUAUGUCACUAUUUAAAAUGAUACUAAAGUUUAUCUGGAGUCGUGUAUAUGGAACAACUUUUAUUUCCGUCUCUGGAAGGUCAUUGCGACAUUCGAAGUUAGUGUAGUUUCAGACUUGAGACUACCAUUUUGUGGUUUUUGAAAAGAAAGUACAGCAGCAUGGCCGUUCCUUUGUGUACAUAGUGUAAAAUAUAGCAUUGUUGUGUUCUUGUUGUACAUAGAUAAUGACAUCAAUGGAAUUUUAGAGAUCUAUUGUUCAUGUUAGCAAUAUUUUUGUUGGCACUCUAUACUGUAGAACAGAUGAAAGAAUAAAAAUGUAACAUCUACAGAUGUUUCGUAUUUUU